CAAAGGUCAUUGCACAUACCAAGCUGGCUGAGAUCUUUUGGCCAGCAGUAUGGGGCGGCUUGAUGGGAAAGUAAUACUUCUGUCUGCUGCAGCACAAGGGAUUGGAAAAGCCACUGCUAUCGCUUUUGCUAAAGAAGGAGCCAAAGUCAUUGCUACAGACAUCAAUAAGACUAAGCUGCAAGAACUGGAGAAGUAUCCAGGCAUUCAAAUACGGGUUCUGGAUGUCACCAAAAAGCAAGAGAUAGAAGAGCUGGCAGAGGAAAUUGAAAGGAUAGAUGUCCUCUGUAAUAUUGCAGGGUUUGUUCAUCAUGGGACCAUUCUGGAUUGUGAAGAACAAGACUGGAACUUUACUAUGAACCUCAAUGUUCGCAGCAUGUAUCUAAUGAUCAAGACAUUCCUUCCUAAAAUGAUUAAACAGAAAUCUGGAAAUAUUAUAAAUAUGUCUUCUGUGGCAUCCAGCAUUAAAGGAGUUGUGAACAGAUGUGUAUACAGUACUUCCAAGGCAGCAGUUAUUGGUCUAACAAAGUCUGUGGCUGCUGAUUUCAUUGAACAAGGGAUCAGAUGCAACUGUGUAUGUCCUGGUACUGUUGACACACCAUCUUUACAGCAAAGAAUCAAAGCCCAGCCUAACCCAGAUCAGGCACUGAAAGAUUUCCUAGCCAGACAGAGGAUUGGCAGGAUGGCUACUGCUGAAGAAGUGGCCCAUCUCUUUGUGUACUUGGCUUCUGAGGAAUCUGCCUACAUGACCGGCAAUGAAGUUGUCAUUGAUGGAGGAUGGAGCUUGUGAUCAACUCUACCUGCAGAUGGAAAUCCAUACAAUGAAAGGCAAAAAUAGCACAAUGAAGCUUUGAUUUAUGAAUCGGAAACUGUCAUGGUAUGGAAUCAUACUGAGAAGAAGAAAAAAAAAAAAAGCAUGACCCAAAGACCUAAGGCAAUGAAUAAUCUGAAUUCCAGAACUAUCUGUUACACCAACAGUUAAAAUUGACAUGAAUGACAUGGACUGAAUUCCUAUAAAUAUGGCUUUUUGUUUGAGAAUGAAGCUAUAUGCCAUUUCUUUUUUUCAUAUCUAUGAAAAAUAUGUAUGAAACUCAUAAAUAUAGGGGAAGAAUUAAGAGAUAAAUGCUACUGAGUAUUAUUGGUCAUUAAAAAGUGGGAAAAACAUGUACUCGUUUUUGUAACAGUGACACGUUUUUAAAUGACUGGAGUUCUUCAGUGUUUGGUAAGGCAUUAAUAGAAAUUAUUUUAUUUCAAAGAUAAAGAACAUACCUGGUUCAAAUCAGCCUUUGUACAAUCAGUCAGUUUGUACAACUUGUUUGUGUUUGCUUACAGAUUUAAAAUGAGAAGUAUUGUGGAGCCUGCUUCCUCAGACUGGUUAUGGACUUUAGCUCUUACCUUUAAUUGUAGUGGGAAUGUUCCAAUCCUGUGUAGUUUGUCUGUGGGAUUUUGAGUUACGCUUUCUGGCAUUUCAUUCAGGUGACCUCAGCAGCCAAGCAGGAUGAAGUUGGAACAAAAAUCCUAAGUUAUCCAAAACAGCUCCACCACUACUCACUGAUGUAAAGUCAAAUGUUGAAAGUUGAGGCCAACAGGAUUCUGUUUCGGUGUUUGCAGAGGUUAAGGUGAAGGCCAAAGUCCUCCUUCUGUAGAUGGUAUAAAGGGCUUACCUUGGGAAGGGGAUCUCCACACUUGUAGCAAUGCAGGAAGUUUAUGCUAUUUUGAAAAUGAAAAUUCUCUCAAAUUCAUCAUUAUAAAUUACUUAUUGCAUAAAGAACUUUAAUAGGUAAUAUUUCUAAGCUGAUUGGUGAAUGUAAUACACUGGCACUACUCAAAUAUUGUUUAGACAAAACACUCCUGCAACAGAAGGAGAUAGCAUCCACUUUCUACAUUGCACUGAAAGCACAGAUACAGGCAUUUUUUCAGUGGAGCUGGUUGUCAAAAACAAAAACAGCAAUAACCACACCAACAGUGAUUGCUGUCUCUUGCCUCCUUAACUGUGUGCGUGUGUUGCAGGGUUGUGUUAACAGCCAAAAGUCUGAAGUGUGCCUCUACACAUCAAGUGUUUUCAAGCUUACUGGCAUUAUUAAAAGAUAAUCCUUUCUAA